AUGGCUCGGGGAGUCCUGAUGCUGACGUUUUGGAGGCCCAAGUUAACAGUCUUGUUUUUGAUUGUGAUCAGCCUGGUGCUGCAUAUCUUGAUCGCUCUGUUGCCUGUUCAGGAGCUAAGUGGUCAGGAAAACUGUGCCCAUUCCCCACAGGCGGCUGCUGGCCAGAAUGUUCCUCUGCUCCCGAACCGAUCAGUGAUGAAGAGCAAGCAGUCAAAGACAAACAGAGAACUUCAGAAUUAUGCCAGCACCAGGAUAUCUGGCCGUGCUUCUCAAUCCCUGGAUUCAAAUAUCAAGAGCCAGAUAUUCCAUCAAAGGAAACAUACAGAGUCAGGCUUUAAGCUGGAGAGUAAACUUCAGAGGGAGCGCUUUAAGUCAAACAUCUCCAAACUGACUGCAUUGUUUCAACAUCCACUGUACAACACCCCGAUUCCAACACUGACACCAGACGAUCAGCUGUUCUCUGAGAGUUCAGCAGAAAAAUUCAAUCCGAAAAGCAAAAACCCUGAUGGUUGGGUCAGUCAUGAGCAGGAAUAUGUCCUUCCAGUUGAUGAUUCCUCUCCUGGAAGUUACACAAAUUGGAUGAAAUUCUUUCUUGGAAUUAAUCGUUAUGAAUUGUACUCACGCAACAGCAGCAUCGUUGCCCCUUUAUUAAAAGAGCUCAGCACCAGCAAGAUUGUCCGUGUUGGUCUCCUAGCUGUUGUUCGUGCUUAA